UUGAUACCAACAUAUGAACAAAUGGGCUGCAGCUUUUAUAAAACAACGACACCCUUAAACGCCCUUUAUUGUGGUGUUUGCUCGGUGUGUUGUGAUAUCAUGAGACGCUUUGGGAGUCUCGGUGUGAAGGAGCGGACAUCAUCAUCAUCAUCCUCCUCUUCUCCCACGAGCUCUGGAAUGCACAGGUUCCUCGUGCCAACACAUGCGCCCAUUGUAUCAAACCUCAGACCCUCUUUAUAAGCGCCGAUAAUCCCCAUUCAGAGCAGAGCAGACUGGCCAUCGCCAUUAGCUGUCAGGAUGAGUGAAGAAGAGCAGACUAACGGGUCGGUGUCCAUCAGGAAACCGUCCCGGAUGCCGAAGUGCUCUCGCUGCAGAAACCACGGCUUCGUGUCACCGCUGAAGGGCCACAAACGCUUCUGUAAUUGGAGAGACUGUCAGUGUCAGAAAUGCAGACUCAUCGCCGAGAGACAGCGGGUCAUGGCUGCCCAGGUGGCGUUACGGAGGCAGCAGGCCCAAGAGGAGGAGAUGGGCAUCUGUAGCCCGAUUAACCUUUCCGGUUCAGAUACUAUGGUGAAGAACGAGGCCGUGGUUGAAAACGUGUUUACUAUCAGCUCAGGACCGCCAUCACCCGCCUGCAGCAGUGCCACCGCCUCUCCAACCAACCUAGGGAGUCGCUCCAUGUUGUCUGUAAGUCCUGCGGUGUCCAGCAGAGGGCACACUGACUGCACAUCUGACCUGAUGGUGGACGCCUCCUAUUACAACCUUUACCAGCCCACUCCAUACUCAUCCUACUACAGCAACCUGUACAACUACCAACAGUAUCAGAUGCCUAGUGGAAAUGGCCGCUUGUCCAGCCAUAACGUGUCUCCUCAGUACCGCACACACUCCUACUAUUCAUCUUACCUGAGUCAGGGGCUCGGUGCCGCAUGUGUCCAACCCAGCACCUGCCCUGAGCCCAAAACAGCAGCUUUCUCCGAUGGAGGUCAAGACUCUGUGUCCAUCAGCUCGAUGAUCAACACUGAGAACAAGCUGGAGUGUGAAAGCAGCUCAGAGUCUGGAAACUUCUCUGUCGACUCCAUCAUAGACGGGGCCACCAAGUAAAAGACUCUCCAGCUGCCAGUUACAACAACUUGAAUUUUGUGUGUUAAAUGAGUAGUUUUUGUCAUUUCCAGCUAAAUGUGUAACGAUUCUGUAACCAACAUGUUGUCAUUAAUACUGAUCAGGUUGAUCGCUGUGCUGUUUUUUCUCAACUUUUUAGGGGUCGUUCUAUAUGGUUUUGAUUGUUAUUGUUAACUGGGUUGUUGUCAGCGAUUACAAGAAAUGCCCUUUACAUAGUUUACUAAUAUGUUUCACACAGUUUGAUAGCUCGGUUUUGUUCACGUUAGUGCUGCAGAUUUUAAAGGUUAAAAUGAUUCACUUCCACUCUCUAGAAGAACAUUAUAGAAAGAAACGGCAGAGCAGAACGAUUUACUGUCGCACAUCAGUUGAAGCUCAAUAUUGCUGUCAUUGGCCUAAUGGAUAAUCUAACUUCCUUCCCGUGACCUUCAUGAUGUAAACUAUAUGAGGGCUUUUCCAGCGUCUCUGUGCUGUUGUGGGACAGUUGGGUUAGAAGAGAUACUAUUAAAUUAUGCUUCAAUCUCGCAGCGAAUGGCUUGUUUAUUUAUGGCCAUCACUAAAGAACAUCAUUUAACUUUUGAUGAUUUGCAUCUAGCCCGUUCCUAUACCCGAUCCAGCUAAUGUGCUCGACUCUUUGGAGCUUUCUUUGCACAAUAUGGAGCUGUGCCCUUGAUUUUAAUGCUGUUGGCAGAGAUAGUGUCCUUAGUCAAGUCG